UAGAAUGUGUGGCUUAUUUUAAUUUCAUGGGUUGUGUAGUUAGUUGGUGGCGUUAUAUGAUAUUGGAUGGUUUAUAGGAGAGCGCGAGAUUCAAUUGUUUUUGCAACUGCUUUUGCUUGUUCUGGAUUUGGAUGGACCAUCCACGUUAUACAUUUAUAAUUACGCGUAUAUAAGCACAAUUCUUGCGAUAAAUUUGAUGCCUGGUGUAGUUCAUCACGUGCACUAGCGGAAAAAGGGAGCCUCCGCAGACACCAUGGAUGGCCUCAAGACUCCGUUCAAGGGAGUCGAGAAGGAUUUCAAAGGGCGGUUGGCAUGCUACAAGAAGGACUGGCUCGAUUCCUGUGGCUCGGGCGCAAGGAUUCUUGCUCCAACGGCCUAUAUUUUCUUCGCUUCUGCUCUCCCUGUGAUUGCCUUUGGAGAGCAACUGAGUCGAGAAACAGAGGGAAGCUUGAGCACCCCCGAAACUCUUGCUUCUACAGCUAUCUGUGGAGUCAUUCAUGCGAUUUUCGGUGGUCAGCCGCUAUUGAUCUUAGGGGUUGCAGAACCAACCAUCAUUAUGUACUCCUACCUGUAUAGUUUUGCUAAAAAAACUGUGGGAACACAGUUGUAUCUAGCCUGGGCUGGGUGGGUUUGUGUCUGGACUGCUUUGAUGCUGUUUCUUCUCGCUAUAUUCAAUGCUUGCACCAUCAUCCGGCGAUUUACAAGAGUAGCAGGGGAACUUUUCGGCAUGUUAAUCACUGUUCUUUUCCUUCAAGAGGCCAUCAAGGGUGUGGUGAGUGAAUUCAGCAUUCCAGAGGGUGAAAAUGCAUCCGAAGAGAAAUUCCAGUUCCAGUGGCUUUACACUAAUGGAUUACUCGCUAUCAUAUUUUCUUUCGGCGUCCUUAUCACUUCCCUCAAGAGCACGCAAGCUAGGUCCUGGCGUUAUGGUUCAGGCAUGUUUAGGAGUCUUGUUGCAGAUUACGGAGUUCCUUUGGCGGUUAUAGUAUGGACUGCGUUGUCCUAUAGUAUACCACGCAAUAUCCCUUCAGGAGUCCCAAGACGGCUUUUCUGCCCGGAUCCUUGGGAUUCUGAAUCGUUGUAUCACUGGACUGUGAUGAAGGACAUGGGGAAGGUACCAGCAGCGUACAUUUUUGCUGCGAUAAUACCUGCUUUGAUGAUCGCAGGUCUAUACUUUUUCGAUCACAGUGUAGCUUCACAGUUGGCACAGCAGAAGGAAUUUAAUCUGAAAAAGCCAUCUGCUUACCAUUAUGAUAUCAUGCUUCUGGGAGUGAUGACAUUGAUUUGUGGAUUACUCGGACUACCUCCUUCGAAUGGUGUUCUUCCGCAGUCCCCUAUGCAUACUCGGAGUCUUGCAGUCCUCAAGAAGCAGUUGAUACGGAAGAAAAUGGUGAAGUCCGCAAAGGAGGGCAUGAAAUUGCAAGCGAGCAACUCGGAGAUAUAUGGGCGAAUGCACGCAGUGUUUGUUGAGAUGGAGGGCGGUGCUGCUUCACACGCUGCGGACAAAGACCUGGCGAGCUUGAAGGAAGCUGUCAUGAGCCAUGAUGAUACAGAUUCAGACAGCGCCUUUGAUCCUGAAAAGUGUAUUGAUCUCUACUUGCCCGUCCGAGUAAACGAGCAACGAGUCAGCAACUUGCUGCAAUCCAUACUCGUGGGGGUCGCUAUAUGUGCCACGCCCGUGCUCAAGAUGAUACCUACCUCGGUCUUGUGGGGAUACUUCGCCUACAUGGCCAUUGAUAGUCUCCCCGGUAACCAGUUCUGGGAGAGGAUCCUUCUGCUGUUCGUUCCACCUGGCCGUCGCUUCAAAGUCAUCGAGGAUUUCCACGCCUCGUACGUGGAGGGGGUGCCGUUCAAGUACAUCUUCAUGUUCACGAUCUUCCAGCUCGCCUAUCUUCUGCUGUGCUUCGGAAUCACAUGGAUACCGAUUGCCGGGAUACUGUUCCCGUUGCCCUUCUUCCUCCUGAUAAGCAUACGAGAGCACGUUCUUCCCAAGAUGUUCCCGCAUCACUAUCUUCGCGAGCUGGAUGCAGCCGAGUACGAGGAAAUCAUCGGGCGCUCGUUCAGGAACCGGAGCCUAUCCAUCAAGGAUAGGGAAAUGCCUGACAUUGACACUGAUGGAAGCUCCCCUGAUGUAUCUUCUGCUGAGAUAUUGGACGAGAUGACGACGCGCAGAGGCGAACUGAAGCACCGGUCAGUGAGCUUCAACGACAGGCAACAGCUUCAGACUGUGCCGGAAGGUUCGGGUGGGGCGUAAACACAGGAUUAUCGACACGGGAAGCGCGUAUAGCAAGAGCAAGGCGUGCAGGAAAUGGGAGAAAGGAUGAAGGGAGAAACGCCAUUAUAGGAAGAAGAAGUAAUAGGCUCUUCUUUUCUCUUAAGGAAAUGAUGAGGUGCAAAGGCUCUUCCUUUUUUCUGGCAUUUCGAAUUUUGGCCAAGUCAAAAGGAAAUGUUGCAGAGAAGGCUGCUAUAUAUAUAUGGUGUGGCCAAGAUGAAGCUAUGGAUUUCUUCUGGGUUUUCACCUCAUGCAUACACUAUUGAAUUUCUAAUAUUUGGGUUAGGAAUGUAAGUCACGUAUGGAUAUAUAAUGGAAUGGAUUGAAAUUCUUUCUUA